UCCCGCCAGGACCAUGAAAGAAACUGCACCCAGCUCAUGCUGGUGACCCAGAUUCUCCCAGACUCUGAGACCUAACUGACCCUUGGGUUCAAGGAGAGGAUGCGGGAAAUCGUGCACAUUCAGACUGGCCAGUGUGGCAACCAGAUCGGAUCCAAGUUCUGGGAGGUGAUUGGGGAAGAACAUGGCAUCGACUGUGUUGGGAGUGACUGCGGGGCUUCUGCUGUUCAGUUGGAGAGGAUCAGUGUUUACUACAACGAAGCCUACGGGAAGAAGUACGUGCCCCGAGCCAUCCUUGUGGACCUGGAACCCGGGACGAUGGAUAGCAUCCGAUCCAGCAGAUUAGGAGCGCUCUUUCAGCCUGACAAUUUUGUUCACGGUAACUCGGGCGCCGGUAACAACUGGGCCAAGGGCCACUACACAGAGGGAGCAGAGCUGAUCGAGAGUGUCAUGGACGUGGUGAGGAGGGAGAGCGAGAGCUGCGACUGCCUGCAGGGUUUCCAGAUGGUGCACUCUCUAGGUGGGGGCACUGGCUCGGGCUUGGGCACCUUGCUCAUGAACAAGAUGAGGGAGGAGUACCCAGACCGGAUCCUAAACUCCUUCAGCGUCAUGCCGUCCCCCAAGGUGUCGGACACGGUGGUAGAGCCCUACAAUGCCGUGCUGUCCAUCCACCAGCUGAUUGAGAACACCGAUGCCUGUUUCUGCAUCGACAACGAGGCGCUCUAUGACAUCUGCUUCCGCACCCUGAGGUUGACGACACCCACCUACGGGGAUCUCAACCACCUAGUGUCCUUGACCAUGAGUGGGAUCACUACCUCACUGCGUUUUCCCGGCCAGCUCAAUGCAGACCUGCGCAAGUUGGCAGUGAAUAUGGUACCCUUUCCUCGCCUUCACUUCUUCAUGCCUGGCUUCGCUCCACUCACGGCCCAGGGUAGCCAGCAGUACCGAGCCCUCUCAGUGGCUGAGCUCACCCAACAGAUGUUUGAUGCCCGCAACAUCAUGGCUGCCUGUGACCCUCGCCGUGGCCGCUACCUGACUGUGGCUUGCAUCUUCCGGGGUAAGAUGUCCACUAAAGAAGUAGACCAACAGCUGCUGUCCAUUCAGACGAGGAACAGCAACUGCUUCGUGGAUUGGAUUCCCAACAAUGUCAAGGUGGCUGUUUGCGACAUCCCACCUCGGGGGCUGAACAUGGCAGCUACCUUCCUGGGUAACAACACAGCCAUCCAAGAGCUCUUCACCAGGGUCUCUGAGCACUUCUCAGCCAUGUUCAGAAGGAGAGCUUUUGUGCACUGGUACACAAGUGAAGGGAUGGACAUAAGCGAAUUUGGGGAAGCUGAGAGUGACAUCCAUGAUCUGGUGUCUGAGUACCAACAAUUUCAAGAUGCCAAAGCAGGGCUGGAGGACAGCGAAGAGGGUGGGGAGGAGGAGGCAGAAAUGGAGACAGAAGAUAGAGAAUAUUAGCUGUGGGAGAAGCUAUAGCGCAGCCACUUUCAGAUGUGUCUCCUAAGAUCUGUGGCUGGCCUGUAGCCCUUGGAGUCUGCCCUCACCUCGGCACAACCAAGGGGUGGGUGGAACCGCGGAUAUGUGUGGUAUGUGUGGUGGUGAUGGCUGGUAGCAACAAGGCCUUUGCCCGAAGUUACUAGCCAGGGCUUGAUAGCCAAUGCAUUUUUCCUUCUUCCCUUUAAAAAAGUAAGUUAAUUUACUGUUAGUGAGACCAUUUCUUUCUUAAGAACUGUAGGCUAGGCAUGAAGUAUGCGAGUUUGCCCGGAGCCCUUUGCAGCUGAUGGUCCCCCUUCAAUCCUUCAGCAGCGUGGUAUCAGAACACCUAGGGCAGCUAGGAUGCUUCAGAAUCCACUUUUCACAAAGCCAGCAAAGCUGGGUGUCUGAAGAGUGUGUGGGAGGUUCAGGGCCAACAGAAGUGUGAGUCCGCCUCCAUGAUCUCACCAUGUAGACCUUAAGUACUAUUCAACAGGCUGACUGGAACAAGACAAAGGGAGGCAAGAAUAGCCCCAUCACUCCUCUUGGCUCCCACCGUCCAAAAGACCAGGGAAAGCAAAGCAUUCCAGUCCUCAGACCUUUGUUUCCCAGUAACUGGCUUUCAACAUAUUUCUGUGUUUUAUGAUUCUUAUUAGAACUAGAUGCCAGUUGUUCAUUAAUGAUGGUCCUUGGUUUUCCUCUUAAAAGCAUUUUGUGGAUUCCCUUUUCAUCUUCACUCAGUGAUCAGCCCUGAAGUUGCUGUACAGCCUCUUGGUUCUCUGGAAAGGGCAGCGGUACGCUCAGCAACCAUUUGAAUGCAGGAACGUAGCCACAUGCCACAAUGCCCUCCUUAGUGACAGAGGACAUGGUCUCAUUAGGGCACUUUUAUAGUUCGGAUUAAUUUGCAGAAGUUGCCAUAGAGGUUUGCAGGAUGACACAGCUUUAAGCAUUGCACAGUUGUGAUCUCACAUCCCAACAGGACUGAGCACACAGUUUGCCUAGGUCGGAGGUGCAUGGGGUCUUCAUGCUCUGCUGGAGUUAUCCAGGGGCACUCGAUUUGACCUCUCUAAAGGGAGUUAUUUGCAUGAAACUGGAUUCUCACAUCUUAGUUGGUCCCCAUGUGCUGGGGAUGGAACCCAGGGCCUUGGGGUAUGCUAGUCAAGUACUCUGUCACCAGAUACUCGCUUGGGCCUCAGUUUGUAAUCACCAGUAAUAAAGCUGGAAGUGGAUGGCAUUCAUAUCUAGAGGAAAUCAGGCCCUGUUGUUGAUAUGGGGCUCCUGUUUAUAUAACUGAAAAAAGUGUUUUAAAUACUUUCCACUUUGGUGUGGGCUGAGAAGCACUGCCUUGAGUGAGACAUGCACCUCUCUGCUCUUGGCUGGAGAAAACGUCCUCAGAUGCUCACAGGGCUCUGCAGGAGGCAGCUGCACACGCUCACCUGCACACUUUCACUGGAAACCUUAAAAGGCAAUUUUAUACGUGCAAGAAACAGACUUCAAUUCCUGUUUUAUCAUACUGUGAAGACUUCUGUUUGUUGGGUGAUAAUCACUAAAAUGCAAAUAAAAUCCACUUUAAAUGA